AUGGCUCCUUCAACUCCCCGGCUUCGGGUUCUUUCUGUGGGCGGAAACGCGAUUUCGGCUUUCCUAGCAUGGAGACUUCAAGCUACCAACGCCUGUGACGUUACUUUGGUGUGGAAACAGAACUAUGACCAUGUAUCCCAAUACGGCAUUUCGUUCAAGUCAAAGGUCUUUGGGAACGAACGCUUCAAACCCCGACAUGUGAUUCGCUCAACCGAUGAGGCCCCUUCUAGAGAGCAAGGCUAUGACUAUGUGGUUUUAUGCGUCAAGGCCCUCCCAGACCUCUACGACCUUGGCGACCUGAUCCACUCCGUCGUUACUCCCGAACACACCUGUAUCAUCGUGAAUACCACAAGCACUCUAGCCAAUGCACGGGCGUCAACCCGCUCUUUUGAGGCUAACCAAGCUUCCACACUUGUGAUUAUUAUUGUCGGGAUCGUUAAUCCCUACCUACGACUCCUGAAAAAAGUUGGAGUACGACAACUAGUGUCGGAUGUGAUCGAUGAACUGAUUGCACUUGCUAAAGCUCUUGGCUGCAAUUUUCCUGACGAUUUCAAAGAAACCACAAUCGCAAAGAUGCUUGCCCAACCCGAGAAUCCAAGCACUAUGUAUCAAGACUUUGCGGCUCGACGACCCAUGGAGGUCGAAACAUAUCUCGGAUCGCCGAUCAAGUUAGGCGUUGACAGUGGCGUGAAACUUUCACGAAUCGAAACUCUUUAUGCCAUGCUCCAUCAUAUCAACGUUGUAAACCAAAAUCGUCAACGUGAGCCGACGUCACCGGUGGCAGCGCUCCCUCCAAGAUUAUCGUCUGCACCACGCCCUAGUACGAACAAUAUGAGAGGCGGUGGUCGAAGUUAUUCAUCCCCACAAGGUGCGGGCCAUCCUAGGCGAGGAGGGCCGUCUAUGGGAUCUCAUCGCCCACCCAAUGGGUAUCCACCGUCACGCGGCCCCCCGGCCCAGCGUGAUCCGUCAGCAGAGGACCACAAUCUAGACGAAUUCAGUCAUAUUGUUCAUUACGAUGCCGUUGCUGGCGAGCUUACUCAGCAAAAUGGAGGUGCUUCUAAUGGAGGUUCAUCAUCGGCCGACCUGGCGCUUAGAGAGCGUGAACUACGCAUUCGACAACGGGAAUUGCAACUAAAGGAACAGGAACUGAACAUGAGACGUGGAGGGCCUAAUCGAAGAAUGUCGUCCCACCGUGAGGCACUUGACGAUGAUGGUGAUUAUUAUGACGCGCCUCCACCAAUGCCCCAAAUCGACCCAGAUAACUUUGACAUGAUGAGUGUGACUUCACGAAAAAACAGGAAAAUGCCAGCAAACAACGCCGGCCAAUUUCGCAAAAAUCCCGAGAUGGCCAGUGGGCGCCCGCCUUCCGCUUUUAGCCGCGCGUUUGGCAUGGGUAGGAACCGCACCAGCGCAAGAAUUGUCGAGGAAAUUCCGGGCAUGCAUGAUUCUUUACUUGAUAAUCCGAUGAUGGGAUAUUCGUCAAACCGCUAUGGAAAUGUUGACCGACGAGAGAUGCAUGCCGAAUCGAGGGCCAAUUCACUCACUGCCUCUCGAAUCAACGAAUUAGGACAGGGGGUUGGUCAUGGGCCGUAUCCACCGCCGAGUAGACGAACAAGCCAGUCGCCUGGUCAGGGUUUCCAUCCUGGCGGUCGUGGAAUGGGCCGCAGCUCAACUGGUAUCGAUGGUUUCAACGGACCGCCAAAUGGAAUGGGCCAUCCCAAUCGCCGAUCUCCGCCAGGGAUGAGAGCGCCGGUUCCAAGACAUCCCUCUGGGCAACCCAAUGGGGCCAUGCCACAGCAAAUCGAGCAACAAGUUGGGGUGAGCAAUUCGCAUUCCGCCAAAGGGCAUCCAAACGUUCGAAGUCUGACAGGAAGUGCGAGCGCUAGCGCGGGGAGUGGUGAUAGUGGUGCCAGCGCCAACAUCGACUCCGAAGCUUCUGCCCACAGCAGCCAAAGCAGCCUACCGCCCAUAUUCCAGAAAUUCAGUGGCAAAUAA